AUGAAUAUACGGAUAUUUCCCAAGUCAUUAAGACAAUGGAGUCAAAUAAGGCAUAUAAGUAAAAGCUCAAUAUGCUCACAUCAAAACACAAGUGGAUUCACCAGUUCCUCACCAUCAGAAAUGACACAUUUUAACGCUUUAGCAUCGUCAUGGUGGGAUGUCAAUGGACCACAAAGAAUAUUACAUAAAAUGAACCUAUUAAGAAUGGAUUUUAUAUAUGAUACUAUUCAGCUGCAUUUAAAAUUAAAUACCAAUGUUGCAUCAGAAGAAGAUGAAAUUUAUAUACCACCUUUCAAUCUUGAUUUAUUACCAACACAGAUCAAAAACAAAAUCAUAGAAGAUCAAAAUUUAAGAAAAGAACAAUUGUUGAAUAUAACUAGAUUAAAUGUGCUAGACGUUGGAUGCGGUGGCGGGAUACUAUCCGAAUCAAUGGCAAGAUUACCAUUUGUUGGAACUGUCAAAGGUAUAGAUUUAUCAUCAGAUGUAUUACAAGCUGCAAACUUACAUAAAUCAAAAGAUCCAAUAUUGACCAAUAAAUUAUCAUAUGAAUUAUGCGCUAUUGAAGAUAUACCAAAAAAUGAAAAAUUCGAUAUAGUCACUAUGUUUGAAGUUUUAGAACAUGUUGAUUAUCCAUCAAGAGUAUUACAAGAAGGAUUAGAGAGGUUAGAUGUGGGAGGUUGGUUAUUUUUAUCAACUAUAAACAGGGACCCUAUAAGUUGGUUUACGACUAUUUUUAUGGGUGAACAUAUACUAAAAAUUGUACCUGUUGGAACUCAUACUUUGGAAAAAUACAUUAAUCAAUAUGAAAUCAAAGAUUGGUUAGAAGAAGAUUCAACAAGAAAACAACAAUAUCAAGUUGCUUCUACGAAGGGUUGUGUCUAUAUACCUGCUUAUGGUUGGAAAUUUACUUCUUGUCCUGAUAUUGGAAAUUACUUCAUGGCCAUUCAACGUGUAAAAUAA